CAGUCAGAAGAUAGCGCGCGUGGUGGGAGCAGCGCGGAAAAAGAGCGAGCCGGUACUUUUUGCGGGGGAAGGUGUUGUGAUAACGCGUCGGUGACGCGGCGGUGAUGUAAUGCAGUGCCGUAAAAACGGAGGAUCAAGCCGUCAUAGUCGACAUGUGUAGUUGUUUUGAUCGUGUGUGAAAAUCGUGGCGUCCAGCGUGGUGGCGACAUGUGGCCCUCAAGACAUUGGUCACGGGAGGUGCGGAAGAAGGCUCUGCUGGCUGUUCUGUGCUGCUGUGCUCUCCUGGGCAUCUUGUACUUGCGCUCUGCGGUCUCCCCGAAAGAGGAGCAGAGCCACUGGAGGCAGCGGAAGGUUGAGUCGAUGAGGUCGCGGCUGGAACCGGUGGCGGCGAGUCGGAGCACAGGACCCAGUAAUGAUGGCGCAUUCUCAGAGAGCGCUGCAUUAAACUCCGACACGUCUGGUGGUGACCUUUUGAAGGUCAAGCUGCAAGAUUCCACCGUCAGAUGGCCCUGGGAAAAUGUGGAGGGCUGCAGUCAUUAUGGCAUCAGGUUCGCUGAGCGGGGCAGCUUGCCCGUGGUGGCCCUCACCAGCUACCCAGGUUCAGGCAACACCUGGACCCGCUACCUGCUGGAGAUGGCCUCCGGUGUGUUCACCGGCAGCGUCUACUACGACAUCGGCCUGUACGGGAUCGGCUACUGGGGAGAGAUGUCAGCCCCGGAAGAUGGCACCACCAUCGUACAAAAGGUUCACGACUUUGGCGACGACCAGUCGCAGCGCUUCAACCGCACAGCCAUAGUCAUCGUGCGCAAUCCGUACCGCGCCAUCCUCUCCUUCCACAACUACCUGUUCGGCGGGCACAAGGGCAUGGCACCGUCCUCCAAUUACCUGAAGAAAGGCUGGCGCUCGUUCGUGAUGAAGCAGGUGUUCGAGUGGAGUGCCCACAUGCAACAGUGGACGGACCCCGCUAACCGCGUGCUGGUGGUGCACUACGAGCACCUCAAGACGGACCCAGCCGGGCAGCUGCGGCGCAUGCUGCACUUCCUGAAGUGGCCCGUCGACGAGGGGCGCCUUCGCUGCGUGCAGAUGGACCAGUCGGGCCAGGUGCGCCGGCACCAGCAGCACCGGCCGCGGGCCGUCACGCCCUUCCCCGCCGAGCUGCGCAAGGCCAUUGACCUCAGCAUCCGCACUGCGCAGAGGAAUCUGCGCCGGCGCCAGCUGGUGGUGGCGCCGCUCGACCAAUACGAGUUCUUCAACGGCAGCCAGCUACGCUCCGAGGUGCUGGAGGACUGCCAGGAGGACGAGGCGCUAGACGCGUGCCUCUACCGCAUCGACCGCUUGAACUUCCGCUACAACGUGAAGUCAUUCUUCGAGAAGAUCCACCGCCACGUGAAGGCGCUGCCGUUGGGCGGCCUUAUGGGCGCAGUGGGCUGGCUGGGCUCGCUCAGGGGGGCGAACGCGACGCAGGCGUUGCCGACCAACGGGACUGAGGUGCUGACGCCCGAGGAGGAGGCGCUGGUGGAGCGGGCGAUGCGGCGCGUGGAGGCGAGCCGUGGCGAGGCGACGCCGGCCGGGGACGCAGUGCUGGACAGGUUCAGCAGCCUGCUGAGGUCGGGAGGGCGGCCGGAGUCGGGGGAAGACGAUGCCGACGCGCUGCGGCAUCAGGCGGGGACUGGGGUAGGCAGUAAUGUGGACGAUGAACAAGGUGACCGACCAGGUGUUGUGGUGUCCUAG